GCAUUAGUAUAUUGAGGGUAUAUAACAUUACUUUUGAACAGAGAAAUACAUUUUAAAAUAAAAGGUUUCUUUAAAAGUCACUGAAAUUCAGCAUUAACUUGAAUAUGUAUUUAGAAUAAAUUAUAAAAUUACCUAAUAGUUGGCUUAUAAAAAUAAUAGGAACUCACUUAAAAACAUUCUUAAAUAAAUAUUUCCCUUUUAGGUUUUUCUAUAUGAGUAGAGAAGACAGUUGUUGCAAGUAGAAGUGACAUAACAUUUUUUAGGAUGUCUGAAGAUGAAGAAAAAGUGAAAUUACGCCGUCUUGAACCAGCUAUCCAAAAAUUCAUUAAAGUAGUAAUCCCAACGGACCUGGAGAGGUUAAGAAAGCACCAGAUAAAUAUUGAGAAGUAUCAGAGAUGCAGAAUGUGGGACAAGUUGCACGAAGAGCAUAUCAACGCGGGACGUACAGUUCAGCAACUCCGCUCCAAUAUCCGAGAAAUGGAGAAACUUUGUUUGAAAGUCCAGAAAGAUGACCUAAGACUUCUGAAGAAAAUGAUAGAUCCUGUUAAAGAAGAAGCAGCAGCAGCAGCGGCAGAAUUUCUCCAACUCCGUCAGGAAUCUGUAGAAGAACUUGAGAAACAAUUUAAUGAUGAAGAAACUAUAUUACAGCCUUCUUUGACCAGAUCUGUGACUGUUGGUGGAGCAUUGCACACUACUGAAACUGAAGCUGAUCCUCAGAGUAUGACUCAGAUAUAUGCAUUGCCUGAAAUUCCUCGAGAUCAAAAUGCUGCAGAAUCAUGGGAAACCUUAGAAGCGGACUUAAUUGAACUUAGCCAACUGGUCACAGAAUUCUCUCUCCUAGUGAAUUCUCAGCAGGAGAAGAUUGACAGCAUUGAAGACCAUGUCAACAGUGCUGCUGUGAAUGUUGAAGAGGGAACCAGAAACUUGGGGAAGGCUGCAAAAUACAAGCUGGCAGUUCUGCCUGUGGCAGGUGCACUCCUCGGAGGAGCAGUGGGGGGCCCUAUUGGCCUCCUUGCAGGCUUCAAAGUGGCAGGAAUUGCAGCUGCACUUGGUGGUGGGGUGUUGGGCUUCACAGGUGGAAAAUUGAUACAAAGAAGGAAACAGAAAAUGACGGAGAAGCUCAUUUCCAGCUGUCCAGAUCUUCACAGCCAAACUAACAAAAAAUGCAGUUAAAAAACCAAACUUCGGUAUUAUUGGCACCAACAUAUCUAUCCUAAUGGACCUUUGCUGCUAUUGGACACUCAGCUUUUGGAACAUGAUUAUAUCAAGAUAGUGGCUGUAGAUGCUGAAGUGGGAUUGGACUGUGAUAAGUGGAUAUGUUUUUUUGUUGGCUGGGAUGUUAAUGGAGUUGAGGGGCCUGAACUAAAGGGUGUAUAAUGCUUGUCAGGUAAAGUUUAAAGGAUGCCAGGAAGCAGAUUUUCUUCCUGGAAAUGUGAAAACUGAACCCAUAAUUUUGAUAAGGACAUGAGAUGUGUGGACAUGUUGGGUUAUGGAAGAAUAGUUUCUUUGAUAACCCUGAUUUGGAGACCCUAAGGCUAAGCAUAUUAUAAUUAUGCUUUUUAUCUUCUAAAUGUAGGAGAUUGUUUAGGUCUGUUAGCAAAGAAAAGAAUGGGAGUUCAGGAGCCUUUCUUAUCAAAUAGAGAAAUCCAGAUCUGGCAAUGGCACAAGUGAAGUACCUGGUGGAGUCCAUUCGGUGAACAUAUUGCAGUUUGGUUCAACUAUAUUUUCUGAUGAAGGAAACUAAUAGUGAAAGAAAGGCCUAAUUUCUCUCUCUCAAACAUCUUAAUUUGUGACACUAGCUCCUUAACUCUUCCCUCUGUCUCUUUAAAUAAAGACAAAAUCUCAAAUGGUAGGAGACAGUAUUAUUAAGGCAGCGCUAAGCUUGCUUUGUCAGCUUGUCUCUUCACCUGAAAGAAAGAUCUAGUGCCCUCUGCCUUCCUUCCCUUGUACUUUUCAAAAGUUCUUUGACUUGUGGGGUGAAUUCUACCUAUGUAUAAUGAGGGCUUUUCUCAUAAUCUGCUUUUUUAAAAUUAUCUCCCAUCUCUAUUCAUCCUUUCCUAUAAUCUCUAGGUAAGAUAGGGAGGGAGAAAGGGGGAUCUCUAAAUAUUUCCAACUUUGUUAGGAGUUUGAGCUAAAAAGUAAGCAGGCAGGGAAUAUGCCAGAUCAUUUCCUGGGGCAUCUUCCAAUCUCAAGGGGCUGAUGUACCCGCCACACAGGGAGGGAGUUUCUAACUCUAGGUCUUUUCAGCCAGCCCUUGGUGAAGCUAAGAACUAGCUUUCUACCUCACAUCUCUUACUACCAUUCUUUUCCCCAGGCUUUGCUGUCUGCUGUGCUUUCCGUCCCUCUUCACAGCUGCCAUUCUGCUUGCCUUUUCUCACAUUCAAGGCGAUGGUGGACAAAGCCUGGUGCCAACACUCAGCCCUGAAGGAGGAUUUGUGGUGCUAAUCCCAACACUUGACAGCAAGCAUGGCCCAGCCCAAUCCAGUGUCUAUAUCAAACAACAAAAAGGUUUUAAAUUUAGAAAGAAAGAAUGUAAGAUUACAGGCAGCCUCAUCCUGCACCUCCACUCAUUUGAAAUAGGAAAAGCCACCUUUUGCCUUACUCCGCACUCUUCUCUGAGGACAGAGGGAUGGGAACCAACACCACAGAAGAUGUGAGCUUUCUCUGCUCAGAAGCCAGAGUCAUCAGGGAGUUGAAUGGUUUAUCACUUCUCUCUUGCUGAGCUUACUCUUAAUAACUUUUAUUGAUUGCUACUUUUUAUUUCUGUGUCUAAUCUAAAGAGACCUUUCUCCUUCAUACUUUUUGACUCUUACCAAUAAAUUCCAAAGAGAAAGCACCAUAUCUUAUUGUUAUUAAAUAACUAGAAAAUGUCAAAUACUGUAUUGCUACCUGUUGACUUGUAUCUUUAAUAUAAUGUCAAGAAGGAAGAACUUUGAAUAAGUGUCAGAUUCUGAUCCAGUAUUUGAUAUUGAGACCUGUAACAUUGGGAUCAUUAUUUUUGAACUCCACCUUUUUUAUUUUCUGAUCAUUGUUGUCCCUUUAACACAGGGUGUUCAAACCAAAGUGAGGAUCAGAAUUACCUGGGGUGCAUAUUUAAAACAAGAUUCCUAACCUUCAGUCCCACAGGUGAUUCUGAUAAUGGUCAAUCUGGCCUAGUCAGCUAAGAUUAUACAUUUAAGAUACAGUUACAUCACGCUUCAACUAUAUCAUUGAAAUCAGUAAUUUUUAGUAUUCUACUCUUCAACAUUGCCCAGUCUUCAACACUGCAUAGUAUUCCCACUCUUCCAACCCAAAAUUGUUUAUGCUUUUAAGCCCACAAUCUUAACACAACUAGGGACUCAUUAUACUGUCAGGCUGGUUUUAUACCAGGACCUGAAGGAGAAAGGAGGCCCAUAAUUGAUGCUCAUGUUUUGUUUUGGGCUCUCAUUUUUACUGAGCCAGUGUGAGACACCAUUGUAUGUGCUCAUAAAGGCCUUUGAUUUUUACUACUCGUCCGGAUUGGAAUAUUUCUGUAGCAGUCUUCAUGAUUAGGCAAUGUACAAUCCUUUUAAGUUUUAUUUAAAAUUAUUCAGAAAUAGUAUCUAAUUUUCAUAAUAGAACCUAAUAGCCAACUUUUUUUAGAAAUUUCUAGAAGUGUUUAAUCAACUAUAAGUUAUAUAUCUAUGAACUCUAGUGUUAGAAGUAUAUAUUAGUCAAUAUGACACACAAACUAAUCUUAAAAUUGAAUUUAAUACCCAACAGUAUCAGAUCAAAUUCAUCUUCUCUAUGAUGCAUGUCUUAUUUUUACUGCAACAAAAGGUAAGGGACACUUUAAGCACUUUGAUUAAGUUCUUCAAAUUUAUAGAGGUUUAUGUGGGUAAAGGCAGCACUCCUAAAGACCUUUUGAUAAAAUAAUCUGAUAAUUUCUCUGCAGAGCAGAGACUGAAAUUUUUUGGUUGUAACCCACCAUAAAAAAUGCAUUUCUAUCAAAACUCAGCAUAUGUAUAAUGGAACAAUUCUUACCAUUAUGUGCAGCAUACUGAUGUUUUUUAUUGUUUCAGUUUUUAAAAUAUGCUGGUUGCAACAUACUCAAGUGAUUUUAUAAUCUACCAAUUGGUUGAAACCCUUAGUUUGAAAAAAACAAAACAAAACAAAAAACACCACACUUAAAGGGGAACUGAUAGUCAUUGAAUAUCUUGUUUGCCAAGCACUUCACUAGGCAUUUUACAGGUAGGAAAACUGAGUCUCAGAGAAGUUAAAUAAUUUGCAGAGGAUUCUUCAACUACAAAUGGGUGAAGCCAGGAUGUUAACUAGGUCUACCGAACUACAAAAACUAUUAAUCUCAUACUAUGCUACUUCAGUAUAUAAAAUUGAGGUGGGCCCUUCAUUCUGCUUCAGCCAAACACCCAUAUAUUCUGUAAGGCAGGAUUACUUUAAAAUUACAUGUGCCAUUCAUUUGCAUUUUUUUAAAAAAAUUAUUUCCUCAAAGUUUUUAACAUUGGCCAACGCAGAAGUACACAAUGCUGAGUUUGGUCUUAAGACUAUAAAAUUAAAAGUGUUUCAAGCCUACCCACAGAUCCUACAAAUUUCCUUACAUUUGUGGGUUAUAACCAUCACUUGAGCAGUGAUUUUUAUAUUUAAUUUAAAAAAUAAUGUGUUUUUUUAAGAAAAAUCUAUUAUAACUCGUAGAAUCAAAUGAUGAUUAUGCUUUAAAAUGGUACCCUUAGGAGCCAUGCACUCUCUGUCGUGACGCUGGUAUUAGGACAGCUUUGAAACUUUUCUUUUGGAAUUGCCUCCAAAGACAUUUUGCAAAUCACACAUAAAAACCAUCUCAGUGUUUGUUAGUCACAGACUAUACUCCCUUGACCUUAUGACUUCUCCUCUCUUCCUUCCUCAGUUUUGCUUUGCUUCUGCCGGCUUAGCUCUCCUAUCCACCUGUGCUGGAGCCAGUAACAUAAGGAUGCCCAGAAAGGGGGGAUGCUGGCCAGAGUCGCUGGAGCAAGAACUUACUUUUAGGUUAUAGUGAAGCUGAGUGCUGUAAAGGGGGAAUGCUGCAAUCCUAAACCUUCCUCUGUGGGCUGUCUGCCUGCCCGUAAGUGCCGUAAGUAGUUUACACAGGAGUAAGAACUGAAUACUGGUAUCAAUUACAAGGGGUUGAGGGAACCUGAAAAAUAAAUGGAUAAUGCACAACAUUUUUCUCCAGUGGAAGUGCAGAAACCAAACUACCCCAUACUUUUUAAAAUUGACAAGUCUUUCCCCUUUGCCCGCCCUUGCUGCCAUGUGAAAUCUUUGAGAGGAAGGAUGAAGAAAAGCCUGGGAAUAGGUUCUCCUUGGAAACGGCAUAUUCUCUCAUAAUAAAGUACAGUGUGGCUGUGGCUCUUAAGUCCUUGUGAAUGUCAGACAAUGUUCUUAAAUAGUUAGAGGCCUAAUAAAAGGUAGGGAUGCUUCCCUGCUAGCCUUAGGUAAUGUAAACAGUUCAGGUUCUGUUUGUGCUUUUAUUAAUAUUUUAUUUUGUUUCUAGCAGGUGGUUCUCACUAUAUUCAUUAAUUUGAUCCCAAUUACAGAGAGACUUCCUGGGUAUUAUAAACAAUGGUAAAAGAUCCAUAUGUUAUCACCCACAUCACUGCCCUCAAAGAAAUCAUUUACUGUAGGUAACAAGGAAUACAUCUGUGUAAUAUUAACAAAAAUAAAUCGAAAGCGUAAAAGGUGUCAAAGGCAAAUGAUUUGCCCAAGAUCAAAGCUAGUUAUCACAAAAGCUAGAAUUAGAAUCAUGGUCUAAGAAAAAAUUUUCAAAGUAAUUUAACUGAGUUUUUGUUAUGCCAUAUCAAGUUGCCUGCUGGAGCUUGUGGUCUUUCAAACCAGUUUUAACGUUUCAAAUCAGGCAAUAGCUGUAGCAGAAGGAAAAUUGGAUGGAGAAUCCGGAAGUCAGAGUUCUAGUUUUGGCUUUGUCUCCUGUAGUAAGCGCUUUCUCAGGGGUGGCUGCCUUCUAUUCUAGCCAGGGAUUCCCCGAUGGUAAAUUUUAGUGGUUACCAGCUCAAUGCCUCCGUUCUUUAUAUCUAGGCUCUCACUGGGUCCUGUCAAUUCUGCUUUGAAUGUUGGUUAUAUCACCUCUAAAUAUAUUGAUGGCCAGCACUCUAAUAAAAGGCUGUUACCUUCUUCA